UCUUCCGUCAAAGCCCUACCAGAACCCUACCUCCCGCCGCCGGCCGCCCCCUCCCGCGGCUAGGAAUGACCGGCGCCGCCGCGCUCCGGCAAUCUUCUCGCCGGAUUUUCCGGCACCUCGCCGCUGCCCCCGCGUUCUCUCGCAGUGGGCUCCAACAUCCCGAGCGCCUCCUAUCGUCGCAGUCGUCGCCGGAGCACGGCGCGCGCGGCGCGGUGUCCGGGUCGGAGCUGGCGCUGUACCCGCCGGAGCGGGUUCGGAACUUCUCGAUCAUCGCGCACGUAGACCACGGCAAGUCGACGCUGGCUGACCGGCUGCUGGAGCUCACCGGCACCAUCCAGAAGGGCCAUGGGCAGCCCCAGUACCUCGACAAACUGCAAGUGCGGUGCUAAUUCUUCCCGCUCACUCUCCUUGUUCGAUAACUUAGAGAAACAAGCAAAUGUUGGCCCUUACCGAUCAACUAUCAGAUGGUGAGAGGUGAUCAGUCAGUUAGGCCAUCAUUUCCGUAUUAUGUUUUCAUGAUCAGAUUCCGGAACUGCAUUGAUGUCUGCAUUAGUUUUAUAAAUAGUUGUUACAUUUUGGCAUUUUGAGCUUUUACCAUUGCACUGCCAGUUUCAAGGUCUAUUUGUGGGCACAAUGUUACGCUAAUUCCAUAUCAGUUGAUGACUAUACUGCUACUAGUUUCAUGACUGAAACUUCUACAAUUUGUAUCCACAUUCUAUGAGUUUGUAUCUUGUAGUUACUGUAUUUAUCUUACCUACAAUAUAAACUCUUACUACUUCCAGUCAAAGAAAUUAUUGUUUAGAACAAGAUUGGUCAAAUAUUUAAAACCGCAAACAUCAAUUACUAUUACAUUAUUUAGUGUGGAAGUGUGCAAGUUAAAUGCCAGAUAUCUUCUACAUUUGACAAGAUUUGGUCAACUUGUUUCCGAAAUAGUUGGCAAAAUCUCUUCUAUUGCAGGAUUUUAGGAGUAUAUUCUAUAAGAAUUUAGGGGUCAAAGAUACACAUUGAAGAGUGAAGACCAUGAAAAGUCAAAUGUGUCAAGUAUUUAUGACCCGAGGGAGUAUAACAGUUGUUAUGAGAAGCCACUAGCUGCCAGAUCAUCUGAGGGUUACCAGGUUGAGAGAGAAAGGGGGAUUACUGUCAAAGCACAAACAGCAACCAUGUUCUACAGGCACAUUACUGCAUCUCAGGACUCAGAUAUGCCAAGAUAUUUGCUUAAUCUGAUUGAUACACCAGGCCAUGUGGAUUUCAGCUAUGAGGUAUCCAGGUCCCUUGCGGCUUGCCAGGGUGCUCUUUUAGUAGUUGACGCAGCACAAGGAGUACAAGCUCAAACAAUAGCGAACUUUUACCUUGCAUUUGAAUCAAAUUUGAGCAUCAUUCCUGUGAUUAACAAGAUUGAUCAACCGACUGCUGAUCCAGAUAAUGUAAAGGAUCAAUUGAAGAGGUUAUUUGAUAUUGAUCCAAGUGAAGCUCUGCUUACUUCUGCCAAGACUGGUAGAGGCCUUGAACAGGUAUUGCCUGCUGUUAUUGAACGCAUACCUUCCCCGCCCGGGAAAUGUGAUGCACCUGUACGGAUGUUGCUUUUGGAUUCCUACUAUGAUGAAUACAGAGGAGUGAUUUGCCAUGUUGCUGUUGUUGAUGGUGCUCUGCGUAAAGGUGAUAAGAUUGCUUCGGCUGCAACUAGCCGUGCAUAUGAAGUUCUUGACGUUGGCAUUAUGCACCCUGAGCUUACACCUACUGGAGUUCUCUACACUGGACAAGUUGGAUAUGUUAUUAGUGGAAUGCGUUCAACUAAAGAAGCACGCAUCGGUGAUACCCUUCACCAGGCAAAGAGUACUGUUGAGCCACUUCCUGGUUUCAAGCCUGUAAAACACAUGGUCUUCUCUGGUCUCUAUCCUGCCGAUGGUUCCGACUUUGAAGCUCUUAGCCAUGCGAUUGAGAAACUAACAUGUAAUGAUGCCAGUGUCUCUGUUACAAAGGAGACAAGUAAUGCACUUGGCAUGGGAUUCAGAUGUGGCUUCCUAGGAUUGCUACACAUGGAUGUGUUCCAUCAACGGCUUGAGCAAGAAUAUGGAGCUCAAGUCAUAUCGACCAUACCAACCGUACCUUAUAUUUUUGAAUACGGUGAUGGAAGCAAGGUGCAAGUUGAGAACCCUGCUGCUUUGGCUUCGAAUCCUGGAAAGCGUGUAGCAGCCUGUUGGGAGCCCACAGUUAUUGCAACAAUCAUUAUUCCUAGUGAGUAUGUUGGGCCUGUCAUUAUGCUUUGUUCAGAAAGAAGGGGCGAACAGCUAGAAUAUACAUUUAUCGAUGCCCAAAGGGCUCUGUUGAAGUACCGAUUACCAUUGAAGGAGAUAAUUGUGGACUUCUACAAUGAGUUGAAGGGCAUUACGUCUGGCUAUGCUACUUUUGACUACGAAGAUUCAGAAUACCAACAAGCUGAUCUAGUUAAGAUGGAUAUCCUUCUCAAUGGUCAACCUGUUGAUGCUAUGGCAACUAUAGUGCAUAACCAGAAGGCUCAGCGGGUUGGAAAGGAUUUAGUGGAGAAGCUCAAGAAAUUUAUAGAAAGGCAAAUGUUUGAGAUCACCAUACAAGCAGCAAUUGGUUCAAAAGUUAUUGCAAGGGAAACCCUGUCCGCAAUGAGGAAGAAUGUCCUGGCCAAGUGCUAUGGCGGUGAUAUUACUCGGAAGAAGAAGUUGCUAGAGAAGCAAAAGGAAGGCAAGAAGCGCAUGAAACGUGUGGGAUCUGUCGACAUUCCUCAGGAAGCCUUCCAUGAGCUACUGAAGGUCUCCAAUUCAAAAUAGAUGGUGAUCCACUGCAAAUUUAGUUUCUGUAGCUGUCCAAAUUUUAUAAGUAGCUGUGUGGUGAUGAGUAGCAGCAACCUUUUCUAGUCAUCUUCUGACAGAUCUUGACAGAAUGAUCGAUUCCAUUGAGUACAUAAUGGCCUCUCCUGCGCCUUGUCAGACGAGCCAACUUGUGCUGGAAGUUGCUCCUCCUGUAGUCCUGUCAUCCAUCCUGUGGUGAUUGAUAUACACACAAGUCUUCUCAGCUGGCCGCAGACGGAUUUCAGUAGAGCCACCAUCUUUGUAUUUGUUGAUUGAUUGAUGGAAAACCAUCCUUUGAGCACUUGCUGAACCCAGUUUUCUCUGCUGACCUGACUUGUCACGUUACACUCUAUUUUUUGUGUUAGAUAACGGUUUUGAGCAAAAAUAAUAGGUCAUAUACACAUUAAUUGGUCACUGAAACAAUGUGGUACAUGUAAUAAGAGGAGCUGCAUUGAAUAAAGACAUAGUAGUAUCACGUUUUUGGAGUU